AUGGAGUAUAAUUUUAAGAAAGAGCGACGCACCUUCGGCGCUAGUGCGAGCUUCAGCGACAAAGAUGAGGUUAUCUUUUCGGAAAACUCUUCGCAAGAGCUCGCUAAGAGCUACAUACUUAAGAAUCCGAUGGAUCGCGCAACGCUUUUCACCCGACAAAUGGCGUUGAGUGAGGCAAACACAGAACGCGCGACAUACAAACAUGUUGGUAUCACGCAUAACGAAGGUGGUUGGCCUAAAGAUAUUAAUAUGUCCGAUCCGGAGCAGACGGUGCGUUAUAAAAGGAAAAUUGAGAAAGACGAAAACUACAUAACGCAAGUUAUGAACCUCACUAAACCAAUGGAACAUUACAUACAUCAAAAUAAUGCGGUGAAUAUUUAUGAAAAUUAUUUUGAGGAUCUCGAUCCGGCGCCAUUGCCUGAACCGUGUCGCUCACGCACCGUUAACGUUUAUCGUGAUCCCAAUCCCUUAAAAGUGCCGGUCACACAUUUGUCGUGGUCACCGGAUGGUGGAAUUAAAAUGGCAGUCAGUCAUUGUGACAUGAAAUUUCAGGGUGAUAAAACGGGGCAGCGUUGCAAUUCGUACAUUUGGGAGAUUGAGAAUCCAAAUGAACCGUUUCUAACGCUCGAACCGAAAGUGCCGUGUGUAUGUUUGGAAUACAAUCAGAAGGAUCCAACAAGUUUGGUUAGUGGCAUGUAUAAUGGGCAGGUGGCCGCUUGGGAUACGCGACAUGGCAAGUUUCCAGUGAUGAUUAGUGAACGUGAGAUAUGUCAUCGUGAUCCAGUUAACUCGGUAUUGUGGAAUAAUUCGAAGAGUGGCACGGAAUUCUUCUCUGGUGGUUCCGAUGGACAAGUGCUAUGGUGGGAUACGCGUAAAUUGAGUGAACCGUUGGAUAAAUUAUUGAUGGAUCCAAUACGUAGUGACGAGCAAGAUCUGGCACGUUCCUUUGGCGUUUCGGUGCUAGAGUAUGAAACUACAAUACCAACACGUUUUAUGGCUGGCACCGAAAUGGGUAUGCUAUUCUCGUGUAAUCGCAAGGGCAAAACACCCAUGGAGAAGAUACAGAUACGGAUGAUGUGUCACUUGGGCCCGGUGUAUGCCAUUACGCGAAAUCCGGCCUUUGUAAAGAAUUUCCUAACCGUCGGCGAUUGGUGUGCGCGCAUUUGGUCCGAAGAUUGCCGUGAGAGCUCGAUAAUAUGGACAAAAAAUAGUGACGCUAUGCUGACCGAUGGCGCUUGGAGUUACACGAAGGUUUCGCAAUUCUUCAUCACGCGCAUGGAUGGCGUUCUCGACACUUGGGAUCUAUUGCAACAACAAAAUCAACCAGUUUUAACAGUAAAAGUUUGUGAUGAGCCACUGCAUUGUGUGCGCACGAAUGAAAACGGUAAAUAUGUCAGCUGCGGCAGCAAGCAUGGUGCAACUUUUCUUAUCGAAGUAUCCGAUAACAUGGUGAUGUCAGCGAAAAAUGACAAACCGUUGCUGACGGCGAUGUUUGAACGUGAAAAUCGCAGAGAGAAAAUUUUGGAAGCUAAAUCACGUGAAAUCAAGCUGAAAGUCAAGACGAAUCAAGGUCAGGAUCAAGGUGAUCUAACCAUGCUCAACGGGCGCAUUAAUGUUGCGCCAUUUAAAGAUGCUUGUGAGCAGGCAGCGGCAGAGUAUUUCGUAGCUGUAGAGCAGGAACGUUUAAGACGUAUACCUGGCAACAAGCAAGAAGGGGAUGAAGCUGAUCCGUCUGACAUCGACAGCGCUAGAACUUGA